UUGUUCCCAUAGUUCCAAUGGAACCCAUGCAACCGAUGAACAAAAGUAUCCCAGUACCCACCACCUCCGCGAUGAACAUCGUGGUUGUACCCUUCUGCAUCGUCCAUAUCGUGCCUAAAAAUCACCAUACAACGUUGGAACGUAGUCUUGAUUUCUAAUUCAGCCGCGUAACUCACUUUGAGAAUCUCUACUUUGUGUGUCGUUCUCCAUGGUAGACGUACAACAAGCCUUUGGUUCAAAAGCAACGGCUACUGUUACCGUACUGUUUGUUGUAAUCAGCACUCGAAUUACUUUGACAGUUUUAAUCGACAGUUAUCGUUCUUCGCAAUAUUAGUUAAAAAGAAGCUGCCUUAUCGAUGAGUGUAAUGAUACGUUGCAUUCUUCGUUGAAUUAGUGUGUUCGGUUGAUUAUGAAGCUCAAGAGGAGUUACAUGUUUCUGACAUUAUAAUAUCAUCGAGGCCGAUAGUAUCGCUUGUUGGAAGAUUGAUUCAUAUCGUAACUCGAAUUGAAAAUCAACAAAAAAUCGUAAAACUGUCCUUUGCGGAACAUUACCACAUUUAUUUCGUGAACCAGGAAACGAAGCGGUUGAAUUUCCGUCAUCAAGAACAUGAUUACAGAAAAUCAUAAAAAUCGUUCGUCAAAACUUUCAGUCGUGUUUUAGUUAUUCAAAAUCAUUCAUGAUAGAACUUGGAUAGAGUUACUGCACAUCACUACGUGUAAUUUACUUUCUAUCGGUAACUACUCGGUUUAUUCUGUCACAUAUUAACUUAAAUCCUCUCUGCAAUGCUAAGAUUGCGGAAAAUUGCUUACGGGAAAUUGGUUUGCCAAAGUUUCCACGCAGGCGCCAAGGGAUACCGUGCCAUCCACUGUGGUUCACGAUCAUCUUUAGUUGUUCGAAGAAUCUUCUACGGUUCAGAAGUACAUUAUGACAGUGAAAAUUAAAAAUUACCAAAAUGCUAAUUAUAAAUCAGAUACCAAAUACACCAUACGUUUUCCUAAAAUUCUACUAACACCAAUUGGAAUCUGGCCAUUGCGAAGAGACGACACCGUUUCGCGUAAAAUUAGAAAAUACAUUCAAAUUGGAAUCAUUUUUUGUUCCAUGUGUUUUUUACUAAUACCUCAUGCCAUUUAUACUUACCGUGACUGCGAGGAUCUGCAAAGGUAUAUGAAGGUGAUCGCUGCACAGGUGUUCAGUCUUUUGGGGAUCGUCAAAUUCUGGACUGUAAUUUUCAACAAAAAGAAGAUCAGUUUCUUUCUGACAGAAUUGGAGCUACAGUACAGAGAUGUGGAAUGCGAAGAAGAUCGAUUAUUGAUUAAAAAAAACGCGAAAAUCGGCCAAUUCUUCGCGGUGAUGUAUCUGUGUUUCACCUACUGUGGUGCAUUGCCUUAUCACAUCAUUCUGCCUCUGUUAUCGGAGAAAGUUGUCAAAUCUGACAAUACCACUCAAAUUCCUCUGCCUUAUUUGAGCGAUUAUGUGUUCUUCGUGAUCGAAGAUUCGCCGAUCUACGAAAUCACGUUUGUUUCUCAAAUAACGAUCAGCCUUAUCAUUUUAUCCACCAAUUGUGGUAUCUACAUUUUAAUCGCUGGAAUUACUAUGCAUUGUUCCGGUUUGUUUGAGGUGAUCGACAGAAAAAUUCAUUUACUUGUGGAACAGAGUGAUGGAAACUUGCAUAAUCGCCUCCGAUUCAUCGUUCAACGUCACGCACAAGCAACCGAAUACGCUGCGAUGAUCGACAAAACUUUUAACGUUGUAUUUUUAUCAGAGAUAAUUGGAAAUACCGUGAUCAUAUGUUUCCUGGAAUAUGGCGUACUCGUGGAAUGGGAAGAGCACAAGACCCUCAGCACAAUGACGUAUUUUAUAUUGAUGAUAUCGAUGCUUCUGAACGUCUUUAUAAUGUCCAUCAUCGGUGAACGUCUGAAACAAGUGAGUGAGAAAAUAGGAGAAACGUCGUAUUUUUUACCCUGGUUUGAAUUUCCGGUGGAUGUAGCCAACCAUAUAAGGAUGAUUAUGCUUCGAACCAGCCAUCCAUCGACUUUAUCUGCAGGAAAACUAUUUAAUAUUUCGCUCCAUGGAUUUACUGACGUUUUCAAAACUUCAGCAGCGUAUCUGAACUUUUUGCGAACGAUGACAGCGUGAAGAAGCACAAACGAAGAUGACUGUGUACGUUAUUUCAUUUUCUAUAAAUAUUCG